AUGGGUGUCGAAGAAGUCCUCGAGCGCAAGACUGGCGUAAUUGUCGGUGACGACGUCUACAAUCUCUUCAAGUAUGCCCAGAAGCACGAAUUUGCCAUCCCAGCUAUCAAUGUCACCUCGUCCUCAACAGUCGUAGCAGCUCUCGAAGCCGCCCGUGAUGAGAAGUCUCCCAUCAUUCUACAAAUGUCUCAAGGUGGCGCGGCCUACUUCUGUGGGAAGGGUGUAGACAACAAGACCCAGAAGGCUUCGAUCAUGGGCGCUGUUGCCGGUGCACACUACAUUAGGAGCGUUGCUCCGGCUUACGACAUCCCUGUCAUCCUUCAUACAGAUCAUUGUGCCAAGAAGUUGUUGCCAUGGUUAGAUGGCAUGCUCGAGCAUGAUGAAAAGCAUUUCAAAGCGCAUGGCGAACCUCUCUUCAGCUCUCAUAUGAUUGAUCUUUCGGAAGAGCCGGUAGACUGGAACAUUGAAACAACUGCCAAGUACCUGAAAAGGGCAGCACCCAUGAAGCAAUUUCUCGAGAUGGAGAUCGGAAUUACUGGUGGUGAAGAGGAUGGCGUGAACAAUGAAGAUGUGGACAACAACUCCCUCUACACUCAACCCGAGGACAUCCACAAUAUAUACAAGACACUAUCUGCUAUCAGUCCCUACUUUUCCAUUGCCGCAGGUUUCGGAAAUGUUCAUGGUGUCUACAAGCCUGGAAAUGUGCGCCUGCACCCUGAGUUGUUGAAGAAGCACCAAACCUACGUUAAAGAGAAGGAAACAACCAAGGAUGAUAAGCCUGUAUUUCUAGUGUUCCACGGUGGAUCUGGAAGCUCGAAGGAAGAGUACAAGGAGGCCAUUAGCUAUGGCGUUGUGAAAGUGAACCUCGACACGGAUCUCCAGUACGCAUACCUGACAGGUAUCCGUGACUACGUUCUCAAGCACAAGGAUUAUCUCCUGCACCAAAUCGGAAACCCCGAAGGAGCUGACAAGCCAAACAAAAAGUACUACGAUCCCAGAAUCUGGGUCCGUGAGGGCGAGAAAACGAUGACGAAGAGAGUGGAGGAGGGUUUGAAGGACUUCAACACUGCCGGCCAGGUCUAG